AUGCAGCACGCAGAGGCUACCUACCUCGGCAGCGGGCUCAAGGCAACGUACUACGGUGAUCCCUUGGGAGCUGGAGCAACCAAUGAUGGUGCCUGUCUCUGGGGCAACGUCCAGCCGGCGUUUGGUACAAACGUGGUGGCAGCUGGGCCGGCAAUCUUCAACAACCGCGAGGGGUGCGGGCUCUGCUUUGACGUCUCCUGCGAUUCGUCUCGGGAUUCUUGGAAGGAGCAGCAGCAGCCAGGACCUGAUUGCAUCGCUGGAAGCAUACGGGUGUACGUGACAAACCUCUGCCCCGAGUGUGAUGCAAACCAUAUCGACUUGAGCAUGCCGGUAUUCCUCUCGAUUGCCGAGCAGCGCGCAGGCAUCAUUCCCAUCACCAUGACGCCGUGUGGCCAGGUCGACAAAAACAAGAACCCGAUCUCCGGCUCCGCGGGGUCCGUCUCAACCUCGUCCAAGAGCGCACAAGAUUCCCCCUCCGUAACGCCUUCCCCGCCGGCUGCAACUCCCAGUCCUACGGCCCCUCCCCCCACAAACCCUCCUGACACUCCUCCACCCACAAACCCUCCGCAAACCCCUUCGCCUACGAACCCCCCUCCUACGAAUCCUCCACAAACCCCCUCCCCGACGAACCCCCCUCCCACGAAUCCCCCACAAACCCCCUCCCCUACGAACCCCCUCCCACAGAACCCCCUCAAACGCCUCCCCAACUAA